UUCAAUCCUACCAAAAAGCCGCCACCGCUGCUUCGCCCUCGCUCGCUCCUCUCUCCGGCGUCGGGCCACCGAUUUUUCGAUCGGCGAAAGACCCCCCCGGGGCAACGUCCAUGACAUGGUGAAUUGCCCACUCGGCACUCAUCGAUGGCGCUCGCUGCCCUCGGCUUCGCCUGCACCAUCUCGCGCGUUUCGCUCUACCGCCAUCGCCCUCUCAUCUUCUGCAUCUCCAAGGUGGGAAGCAGCAGCAGCAGCUGCUCCGUUGCAGUCGAACCGUCGGGCUUUGUAGAGGAGAAGGGGACGGAAAAUGCUGGUCAUUUGAUAGGAGAGGUAGACAGGGACAGCAGCCAGGCACCUCAAUGGAAGAAGCUGAGUUCUGUGGAGCUUGGCAUCAGGAGUUCGAUGAUUUCGAAGCCCACGAGAGUAGUUCUGAAUGCGUUAAAGAAAAAAGGUUAUGAGGUAUAUCUGGUCGGAGGCUGCGUACGGGAUCUUAUUUUGAAGAGAACUCCAAAAGACUUUGACAUUAUAACCUCAGCUGAGCUCAAGCAGGUACGAAAUACCUUUUCAAGAUGUGAAGUUAUUGGCCGACGGUUUCCAAUAUGCCAUGUGCAUGUCGAUGAAACUAUCAUUGAGGUUUCCAGCUUUAGCACCUCUGGAAGAAACUCUUUUGGGGGGCUCAGAAACAAUGUCAAGAGACCUCCCGGCUGUGGUGAACGGGAUUUUAUGCGAUGGAAGAAUUGCCUUAAGCGGGAUUUCACGGUCAAUGGAUUAUUCUUUGAUCCCUAUGCGAAGAUAAUAUAUGAUUAUGUUGGGGGAAUGGAAGAUAUUAAGAAAGCUAAAGUGCGAACAGUAAUACCUGCAAAUCUUUCAUUUGUGGAAGACUGUGCUCGCAUUUUACGUGCAUUUAGAGUCGCUUCCCGUUUGGGAUUUCGUUUUACUAGAGAAAUAGCUCUUUCUCUGAGGGUCUUAUACCGUUCUGUGUUGAGACUUGACAAGGGCAGAAUUCUCAUGGAGGUGAAUUAUAUGUUGGCAUUUGGAUCAGGGGAAGCUUCUUUGAGAUUGUUAUGGAGAUUUGGACUUCUAGAAUUGCUUUUACCCUUCCAAGCAUCGUACUUUGUUUCCCAACGUUUCAAGAGACGCGAUAAAGGAUCAAACUUGCUCCUGUCACUCUUUGCCAGCCUUGAUAAAGUGGUAGGACCCGAUCGACCAUGUCAUAGUAGCUUAUGGUUAGCUAUAUUGGCAUUUCAUAAGGCUCUUGUUGAUAAACCACGGGACCCUUUGAUUGUUGCUGCAUUCAGCAUUGCUCUCCAUAGCAGUGGUUCUUUGUUGGAAGCUAUAGAAAUAGCCAGAGGAAUCAAUCAACCACAUGACUCCAGUUAUAUGGAGCUUCAGGAAUCUCCGGUGCUUCUCUCAAAACUUGCAAUGAGGGAUGAAGUUGUUGAUCUUGCUGCAUCAAUCAAGGACAUAUUAUUCAAGAUGACUAGUGUACGUUAUGUUUCCCAAGCAAUGAGCAUGUACCCCCAGGCACCUCGCACUGAUUUGGUUUUUGUUCCGGAGGCCUUGCUACAAAGGACAUGCAGGAUAUUUGAUUGUGUCCGUAGGGGCAUGGAGCGGGGAACUGUGCCUAGGCAGUUAAAAAUUGACUAUGAUUCCCUGUCAUCGGGGAGCUUGGAAGAGGUUCGUCGUACAUUGGCAAGGAUUGUUUUUGACACAGUGUAUCCAAAAAAGAGAAGAGAACGUUCUUGAGGUACACAGCUCUCUACUGUUAUUUUCUCCUCUGGACAAUAUAUCUGUGGACAUUGAUUAUCAGUGGCCCUUCAAAACAAACUCAAAGGAUGACACAUUGCAAGUUGCUGGAAAGGGCAUCUCGUUGCUCGAGGUCCCCACAUUAUAUGGCAAGUUGCUACCUUAGGAAGUUUUUGUCAUGUUAAAGAAUAGAUUUGUCUUAUGCAUCUAAAGUCCAAAUUCAUGGAUACUUUGAUGUGUUGGUAACCUCUGAAGGAUCAGAAUAAGAUGCGGUGGUUCAGCAUUAAGUGGUUUACUGAAGAACAGUGAUCAUUUCCGGGAUUGUAUGCUCCCCUGGAGAAUGCUGGGAACAGAUAGAGAAACAAAGCAUAUUGUCAUGGGAAACAUUUUUUACAGUGAACAAGUCAUGUAUACUUUAUAUGGUUCUGUUACUCUUAUUGCAUCGAAUGUGAGCUGUCCAUCAGAAUAGUUAGAAGAACAUUGAUUUGUACCCUCUUUCAUUCAUGUUCCGCUUCUGCCUGACGUGAAUCAGCGCAGGUCUAGAUGAAUUUUUGCCCUCAGUAUAUACCAGGAUUUGUAACAUAAAAACAGUUAAGAUGUUGAGAGAAUUUCCACUGCUAGAUAUUAAAUCAGUAGAGCUGUCUCCAGAA